ACAUUGUAUUCCAUCAGGGCGAGUUGGUUUUAGCCGCAGCUGAAAUGUCACGUUGCCGUUGCCAUUUAUUUAUUUCUGGCUUCAUGCUUCAUAGUUGUUGGAACAGACAUAUGUAUAGGAAUAUAGGAAGAUAUAAUAUAUCUUUAUAUUAUAAAAGUUACAUAGAUUAGUAUAAUAUUUCAUCACCUUGAAUAAAAAUCUUUCUAUUUAUAAUGCCGACAAUUGGAGUUAAUAGGGAUUUAUUAUUUAAAUCCUUAGGGAAAACUUACACUGAUGAUGAAUUCCAGGUCCUUUGUUUUGAAUUCGGUUUGGAACUAGAUGAAGUGACAACAGAAAAGCAGAUGAUAACAAAAGAACAAGGAGAAGAUCGACAGGUUACAGUUAAUGCUUCUGAAGAUGUAAUAUAUAGGAUCGAUAUCCCGGCUAAUCGUUAUGAUCUACUUUGUUUAGAAGGAUUGGUUCAAGGAAUUCUAGUAUUUCAAGGAAAAGUUUCUCCUCCUAAAUUCCGUGCUACUAAACCAGCAGAGGGAUCAUUAGAAAAACUAAUAAUAAAGCCCGAUACUGCAAAAAUACGACCCUAUGCCGUGUCAGCUAUACUUAGAAACAUUACAUUUGAUAAAGACAGAUAUAACAGUUUCAUAGAAUUGCAAGAUAAGUUGCAUCAUAACAUUUGCCGAAAACGUUCAUUGGUUGCUAUUGGUACACACGAUUACGAUACUAUUAAGGGGCCUUUUAUUUAUGAUGCUAAGCCACCAAAAGAUAUUCGGUUUGUACCUCUUAAUCAAGAAAAAGAAUUCUCUGCUGAAGAAUUAAUGACAUUGUAUUCGACCCAUGCUCAAUUAAAACAGUACCUACCAAUAAUAAAGGAUAGUCCAGUAUACCCUGUAAUUACAGACAGUAACGGUGUUGUUUUGUCUCUACCACCAAUUAUUAACGGAAAUCAUUCAAAAAUUACAUUGGACACAAAAAACGUUUUUAUUGAGUGUACAGCCACUGAUUUGACAAAGGCAAAAGUGGUUCUUGAUACCAUAGUUUGUAUGUUUAGCCAGUAUUGUUCUGAUUCACACAAUAUUGAGUAUUGUGAAGUUAUUAACCCUGACGGUACAUCAGCAUUGUAUCCAGAUCUAGAAUACAGGAGUGAAAAUGUUUCGGUCAAAAAAUCCAAUAAAAAAAUCGGAAUAAAGUAAGUCUGCAUUAUAAAUGAAUAGGUUGUAUUCCGUAGAGAAUUGUAAAGAACAUAUUUAUAUUAUGGUUAAAUUUUUCAUAUGACAUGUAGCUGUAAUAAUACUUUUAAUCCACGUGGUUAUAUUAAAACAAUUACAUUUU